GACCCACAAGUCUCCCCCAUGGCUCCUUAUCAGAUCCGCCAGUACCAGGAGAGGGACCACAAACAGGUUGUGGACUUGUUCUCCAGGGGCAUGAUGGAGCACAUCCCUGCCACCUUUCGCUAUGUGCUGCUGCUGCCCAAGACCCUCCUGCUUUUAUUUGCAGUGCCUCUGACCAUAGUCCUGGUGUCUGGCUCCUGGCUGCUGGCUGUUAUGUGCAUCUUCUUUCUGCUCCUACUCCUGCGGCUCCUUGCUGGAAAGCCCUUCAAGGAGUAUGUGGCCCUGUGUUUGCAGACAGACAUGGCUGACAUCACCAAGUCUUACCUGAAUGCACAUGGCUCCUUCUGGGUGGCUGAGUCUGGGGGGCAGGUGGUGGGCACGGUGGGUGCUCUGCCAGUCAAGGAUCCUCCAUUAGGGAGGAAGCAGAUGCAGCUCUUCCACCUGUCUACAUCCUCACAGCAUCGAGGACAGGGGAUAGCGAAGGCACUGGUCAGAACUGUCCUUCAGUUUGCACGGGACCAGGGCUACAGUGAUGUUGUCCUUGAGACCAGUAUCAUACAGCAAAGUGCUAUAGCCCUCUAUGAGGCUAUGGGAUUCCAAAGGACAGGAAAAUACUUAGAGAGCGGCAUUGUUAAAUGGUUACUUGAAUUUUCUAUAAUUCGUUUCAUGUAUUCUUUUCCUUCUACUCAGGAACAUGCACUAUAACCUUAUUUCUUACCAUAUAGGUCAGGUUCCAAUUACUGUACUGUAACAAAUAAUAAAAGCAUAUUUU